AUGUCGCGUGAGACGCCGCCCGCCCCGCACCUGCAAGGGGAGGGCACCGUCAACAAGAGCCGCUUCUGCUUCCCGCCCAACGCCGUCGCCACCUCCGCCGGCGUCUUCGCCGGCGACGACCCGCUCAAGUUCUACUUCCCGCUCCUCCUCUACCAUGUCUGCGCCGUCUUCGCGCUCUCCCGCGGCGUCCACGCCCUGCUCAGCCGGGCCAACGUGCCCCUCGUCAUCUCCCAGAUCGUGCGUGUGCACACAACAGGCCGGCGCGCUGCUCGGGCCGUCGCUCCUCGGCCAGGUGCUCCCGCACGCCAGCGAGCUCUUCGCCACGCCGGAGGGGUGGGUGCAGCUCAACACGGUGGGCGCGUACGCCUUCGUGCUGCAGAUCUUCGUCAUCGGCGUGAAGACGGACCUGGGCAUGAUCGUCAAGUCCGGGAAGAAGGCCGUGGCCAUCGCCUUCUUCGGCACCGUGGGGCCGCACCUGGCCAUGUACGCCGCCGCCGCCGCGGGCGGGCGCACGUGCCGGCGCCGUGGAAGGCCAACUUCAUGCUCACCAACCUCAACGUGUGGUGGUCGCUCUCGGCCUUCAUCGUCGUCUGCACCACGCUGGGUGACCUCAACCUCCUCUCCUCCAAGCUGGGGCGCCUCGCCAUGUCCGCCGCGCUCAUCGGCGACUUCGCCAACACCUUCUCCAUCGCGGGCAUCACGUCCUACCUCCUCGCGUCCAGCCCAUCGGAGAAGGUCCAGCGGAUCGGCUUCCUGUCGCUCCUCACCUCCGCCAUCUUCAUCGGCUUCCUGGCCUUCGUGGCGCGCCCGGCCAUCCUGCGCCUCAUGCGCGACGUCCCCGAGGGCGGCCUCCUCUGCGAGGCGCGCCUCGUCGCCGUGCUGCUCACCACCAUCGUCUGCAGCUUCGCCGGCGAGAUCAUAGGCCUGCACGCCACCUACGGGCCCUUCAUGCUGGGGCUCAUGCUCCCCGGCGGCGCCCCGCUCGGGGUCACCCUCGGGGAGCGCCUGGACCGCCUCGUCGCCGGGGUGCUCAUGCCGCUGCUCUUCGCGCAGGGAGGCCUGAGGCUGGACGUAUUCAAGAUCGCCGAUGCCUCCAUAUGCCUCCUCCUCCAGUUCUUCCUCGUCGUCGGCGUCGCCGCCAAGCAGGUGUCCUGCAUGCUGCCCUGCCUCUACUGCGGGAUGCCGCUCCGGGAGGCCUUCAUCCUCGGCCUCAUGAUGAACUUCAAGGGCAUCACCGAGGUCGCCUACGCCUCGGCGUUCAUGGACUCUGACGUCUUCGACGAGCAGGUGUACGCCGCGUUCAUGCUCAACGUGCUGCUGCUGGGCGCCGCCACGGCGUCGGUGGUCAAGCACAUGUACCACCCGGAGGAGAAGUACGUGGCGUACCGCCGCCGCACGGUGCAGCACAAGAAGCUGGGCGACGAGCUGCGGGUGCUGGUGUGCGUGCACUCGCAGGCGGACGUGGCGCCCAUGCUGGCGCUGCUGGACGCCGCCAGCGCGUCGCCCGUGUCACCCGUCGCCGUCUACCUCCUCCACCUCGCGCCGCUCGUGGGGCUCACCAGCUCCGUGCUCCGCGCCUUCAAGCACGGCGACCGGAACUGCGUGCCGUCGGGCGGCACCGACUCGGAGCGCAUCGUCAACGCCUUCCAGUACUUCGUGCAGCAGCGCCCCGUGGGGUCCGCGUCGCUGCUCCCCUACGUCUGCAUCGCGCCCUACGCCACCAUGCACGACGACGCCUGCGCCGUCGCGCUCGAGAAGCGCGCCAUGCUCAUCGUCGUGCCCUUCCACCAGCGCCUUGCCAUCGACGGCUCUGUCGAGAACACCACGGCCAGCGCCGGAUCCGUCCAGGCUGCCAACGUCAACGUGCUCAACUACUCCCCCUGCUCCGUCGCCAUCCUCGUCGACCGCGGCAGCCUCUCCGUCGUGCCCGCCGGGGCCGCCACCGACGGCUUCCCUCACCGCAUCGCGCUCUACUUCCUCGGCGGGCCCGACGACCGGGAGGCGCUCGCGCUCGCCACGUACAUGGCCGAGGACGCGCCCAUCGGCCUCACAGUGUUCCGCUUCCUGCCGCCGCCGGAGUGGCGCAAGGGCGGCGACCCCGAGGAGGACCGGCUCGACGAGGAGGCGCUGCAGGAGUACGUCAGCCUGUGGGUCGACGACCACCGCGUCGCCUACAGCGAGAACCUGGUCUGUGGCUCCGAUGAGAUGGUGGGCAUCAUCCGGAAGUCCAGCCCGGCGUCGGACCUGCUGAUCGUCGGCCGGCGAGCGGACGGCCCCAAGUCACCGCUGACGGUCGGCAUAUCGGACUGGAGCGAGCACCUGGAGCUCGGCGUCCUCGGGGACCUGCUCACGUCCACGGACUUUGGAUGCCAGGUGUCAACGUUGGUGGUGCAGCAGCAGACCAGGGCAGCCGCCGGGGAAAUCAGCCGGUCGCCGCAGAAGAACACGGAGAAGCCACCUGAAUCUGACGGCCACGUUUGA